AUGAUGAAAAAUUGCAACUCAAAUAUAAAUCUAAGUCAGAGAAAAGCAAGUCGGAAAAAUCCAAGUCGGAAUCAGAAAAAAGCAAGUCUGAGAAAAGCAAGUCUGAGAAAAGCAAGUCUGAGAAAAGCAAAUCUGAAAAAAGCAAGUCUGAGAAAAGCAAAUCCGAAAAGAGCAAAUCUGAAAAAAGCAAAUCUGAAAAAAGCAGAUCUGAAAAGAGCAGAUCUGAAAGGAGCAGAUCUGAAAGGAGCAGAUCCGAAAGAAGCAGAUCAGAAAGGAGCAGAUCUGAAGAAGGCAAUAAUAAUCAAAGAUGUCAUCAUAAAGCCUAUGUCUGUUACCCAAAAUGCGAAGCUAGAUAUCGCACCGUCUCGGGAGUCAAAAAAGUUUGCUUUGACUUUGGUAAUGGCGACUGCGUCAGAAAGUGUGAUGUCAAAUAUACUCGUGUUAAGGGAGAUGAUUAUAUUUGCUACAUCAGUAAAUCUAAAUCAGAGAAAAACAAGUCGGAAUCCGAAAAGAGCAAGUCGGAGUCGGAGAAAACCAAGUCGGAAAAAUCCAAGUCUGAGUCAGAAAAAAGCAAGUCUGAAAAGGAUUGUGAUAAGAAGACUAAAUCGGAAAAGAGCAAGUCGGAAUCGGAGAAAACCAAGUCGGAGAAAAGCCAAGUCUGAAUCAGAAAAAAGCAAGUCUGAAAAGGAUUGUGAUAAGAAGACUAAAUCAGAAAAGAGUAAGUCUGAAUCGGAGAAAACCAAGUCGGAGAAAAGCAAGUCUGAGAAAAGCAAGUCUGAGAAAAGCAAGUCCGAAAAAAGCAGAUCUGAAAAGAGCAGAUCUGAAAAAAGCAAGUCUGAGAAAAGCAAGUCCGAAAAAAGCAGAUCCGAAAAGAGCAGAUCUGAAAAAAGCAGAUCUGAAGAAGGCAAUAAUAAUCAAAGAUGUCAUCAUAAAGCCUAUGUCUGUUACCCAAAAUGCGAAGCUAGAUAUCGCACCGUCUCGGGAGUCAAAAAAGUUUGCUUUGACUUUGGAAAUGGCGACUGCGUCAGAAAGUGUGAUGUCAAAUAUACUCGUGUUAAGGGAGAUGAUUAUAUUUGCUACAUCAAACAUCCUCUAUGCCCAAAAUGCUAACUGUUGAGCUAACUGCUAACUGCCAUCAAUCUUUGGAUCUAUUAAUAGUAGAUUUUUGAUUCAGGAAAAAUAAUAAACUUGAUUGAAAGUGGAAAUCAUAAUUGAACCACUUGUUUUUAUUUUCUUAAAAAAUAAAAUUAAAAAUAAAGAUGCAAAUAUAAA